AGAAGGAGCCGAUGUUGCGAUGUUGUUGGAGGAGCCCGUGCCCGAAGCUGCCGGCGGCAGUGCCAGAGUCCUGAGCGCUGCCUCUGCCUCCCCUUCCCCGGGCAGCGGCAGCGGGGCGCGGAGCGGAGGCGCUCCCCUGGCAGGUGCUAGUAAUGUAAAGCCAUUGGAUGGUGUGAAAAUUCUUGAUUUAACAAGGGUUCUUGUAGGACCAUUUGCCACAAUGAAUUUGGAAGAUCUAGGGGCUGAAGUUAUCAAAGUGGAAAGACCAGGAGCUGGUGAUGACACAAGAGCCUGGGGCCCACCUUUUGCUGGGACAGAAACUGUUUAUUUUCUCACUGUCAAUAGAAAUAAAAAGAGUAUAGCCAUCAACAUGAAGGAUUCAAAAGGAGUAAAGCUAAUCAGAGAGCUUGCAGCAGCAUCUGAUGUUUUUGUGGAAAACUUUGUCCCUGGGAAGCUGGCUGAAAUGGGUCUAGGUUAUGAAGACAUUAAAAAGAUUGCUCCUCACACAGUGUACUGUUCAAUAACAGGUUAUGGUCAGACUGGUCCAGUGGUUCAGAGAGGUGGAUAUGACUCCAUUGCUGCUGCUGUUUCUGGUCUCAUGCAUAUCACAGGGCAUGAGGUUGCAUGUCUCACUCAUGUAGCAGCUAAUUGCCUUAAUUGCAAAAUUGAAGCAAAAUGCUGGGGUACUGCUCAUGGAAUUAUUGUUCCAUAUGAGGCAUUUAAGACCAAGGAUGGCUACAUUGUGGUGGGAGCUGGAAAUGAUCAUCAGUUUGUCAAUGUGUGCAAGAUCCUGAAUUUGCCUGAAGUUAGUAAAGAUUCCAGAUACAAAACUGAUACACUCAGAGUCGAGAACAGAAAAGAACUUAUUGACAUAUUAUCAACCCAGUUUUCAGAAAAAGUGACAAUUGAGUGGUUGCAGCUCUUUGAAGGGAGUGGGGUUCCAUAUGGCUCAAUCAACAACAUGCAGCAAGUGUUCUCAGAUCCUCAGGUACUGCACAAUCGACUUGUGAUGGAAAUGAAUAAUCCAACAGCUGGGAAGAUAGCUGUUCCAGGACCAGGUGUCAGAUACAGUGACUUUGCUGUGUCACAUGCAAAACCACCUCCACUUGUUGGACAACACACAGUGGAGAUACUGAAGAGUGUGCUGGGGUAUGAGGAUGACGCUAUAGAAGAACUGCUUUGCACUGGUGCUGUGGCUCAGCAUGAGGUCAGAUAAGGAACAUUAGCUACAUUCUUUCACACUGAGUUCACAUUACUUUGUCCUCUCUUUGCUCCCUUCAGUUUCCCUAAUGGGACUCAAAGAGAAGACAUAAUUUAAUUCCUAAUUUUCU